UUUCGGAAGUCAUCCCCACCUGAAAAUUGGAAAAGGAAAUAGAGCAGCGAUGGGCCCUUUUCCUUCUCCGGGACGAGGGAGGCUUCCAUUCACUCCUCCACACCUGCUGCCAUGGCCGCUCCUUCUACGUCUUUCGCUCUCUCUGCAUGUCUUUUCAGUCCCCGCCACCUCCCCAAGCCCGAGUCUUCAAGCACCCUCCACCAUCACUCAUUUCCCAUGCUCGGAAGAUUCCGAUCUCCGCAAGCUUCCUCUCUCCCCUUCAAGAAUGUCGGGGGCCCCUCUCACAGACCGUCCCCUGCCCGAAAAUCAUCCUCAUCCAUCGGAGGGAUGGGGCUCAGUACGAGGUUCCUGCAAGUGGGUUCUGAUGAGGUUCGCUCCGAUCGAAUAGUUUCGGUGAAGUCAGCCGGAGCUGAAACCGGCGGUACUGCUUCUGCAAUAUCUCAGAAGGUGUUUGGGUUACUGCACUUGCUCGUGUCACUCGGCAUAAUCCUGGCAAUGGACAAGUUUCUCAAGAAGGCAUUUGUCGCAGCCGCCAUCAAGUUCCCCAGCGCUCUGUUCGGGAUGUUCUGCAUAUUCUCUGUUCUGCUCAUUCUGGACUCGACCGUCCCGGCAGCGGCUGCUGGCUUGAUGGGAUUCUUUGAGCCAGCCCUUCUGUUCAUCCAGAGGUGGCUCCCGCUGUUCUACGUUCCAUCCCUGGUUGUCUUGCCGCUUGCAGUGAAAGACAUUCCGGCCGCAUCCGGACUCAAGAUUUGCUUGAUCGUUGCUGGAGGCUGGCUAGCUUCACUUACCGUCGCUGGUUACACAGCAAUUACUGUAAGAAAUCUUGUAAAGACGGAAAUGAUUGAUCCUGAGCCGAUGGCCAAGCCUUCACCAUUUUCCUCUCUGGAAAUUUGGUCUUGGAGUGCGAUAUUUCUUGCAUCAUUUGUUGCUGCCCUGUUCUAUCCUACAGGACUGGGGACACAGGCGAGAACAUGCCUUCCUUUCCUGCUUGCAUCCACUGUGCUGGGUUACGUGGUUGGUACCGGAUUGCCGUCUGGUGUGAAGAAAGUGUUUCAUCCAAUUAUUUGCUGCACGCUUUCAGCAGAUCUUGCUGCCUUUGCUUUCGGUUACUUUUCCCGCUCUGGACUCAAUCCUGUUCUUGGGUAUUACCUUACAAAAGCAGCUUCGAAUCCUGGAGCUGGUGAUAUAUUAAUGGGAUUCUUGGGAUCCGUUAUUCUCUCCUUUGCCUUCUCGAUGUUCAAGCAAAGAAAGCUUGUAAAGAGACAUGCUGCUGAGAUUUUCACAUCAGUCAUUGUCUCAUCAAUUUUCUCAUUGUACUCAACUGCUUUAGUUGGACGUCUAAUCGGUCUUGAGUCGAACUUGACCGUAUCAAUCCUGCCGAGAUGCAUAACUGUGGCAUUAGCACUUAGCAUCGUGUCUCUAUUUGAAGGUGCCAAUUCCUCUCUGACUGCUGCUGUGGUGGUGGUGACUGGUCUAAUUGGUGCAAAUUUUGUGCAAGCAAUGCUUGACAAGUUGAAUCUUCGUGAUCCUAUUGCUCGAGGAAUAGCAACUGCGUCAAGUGCUCAUGGACUGGGGACGGCCGCGUUGUCAGCAAAAGAACCCGAGGCUCUCCCUUUCUGUGCCAUUGCCUAUGCCCUCACCGGCAUAUUCGGCUCCUUGAUAUGCUCUGUUCCAGUUGUGAGACAGAGCCUGCUGGCAAUUGUGUAGAGUCACAUAGGUACACACAAAAAAAAAAAAAAAUUAAAAAAAAGAGUAAACCAGGGUCGGGGUGGGGGAGGCUGAGGUGCUCAUGUGGCUUUCCAGCUGAGUGUAAAAAGGAUAUCUUUCUGCAAAUUUUUCUGUUGAAAUAUGGUUGUGGAUUCUAUCUCA